AUGAACCCUCAGGAUACCAAUACCAGCGAAGCAGUUGGCAUUGAAAGUUCUGCGAAGUUGAUUAUCGAAGCUGACGAGUUGAUGAAAUCUGAAUCCAAAGGCAAAACUGACAGAUGGUCACUUCUUCAAAGUAUUUGGAACAACCAGUUCACUUCGUAUGGGUUUGCUCAUUUGUGUAAUGAUGUCCCAGAAGGGGUUGUGUGUCUGUUAUACAGGGAUGAAAGAAUCAAUGUGCUGUACAAGCAUAAAGGAAUGUUGCAUGUUGUAGUGACUGCUCAAGACGUAUUGCAAAAUUAUCCUGAUGCUCUGUGGAGGAAGUUGGAGAAGGGCUCCACGUUCCCCCCUCAGCUGCGCCAGCUCCUCGGCGUCGCGGCGGGCCCUCUCAGAUGCCGCGGCUUUAAGCCCCUCGGCAUCGCGGCGGGCCCUUUCCACGAUGGCCUGGAACUCCUCGAGGUCAAGGCGGGCCUUCUCGGCGACGGCCUGAAGCCUAGCCUCCGCACGCUGCGCCUCCUCUAA